AUGGCAAACAGGAGACUUCUGUCGUACGUGUUCACGGUGGAGCUGCUGGUGAGCACGGUGGCGGCGGUCAUCGGCAUCGGAGUGUACAUGCUAACGUACUGGAACUGGUCCAGUCUUCCCAGUGGCGUAAGUCGUUGUCGCAAGCCAACUGAGAGUCAUCAGUUUGUAGCCGAACGUGCCCUCGCUGACCUAUCGGUACUAACCAGCCGAGGACCCCGGGUAGCCGGUAGUGAAACGAAUGAACGGUUUGCCAUUGAGUUUCUCCUCACGGCGCUCGAACAGAUUGCUUCCGAGGCGAAGCCACACCUACGUGUCGGUCAUACGGUGCAGCGUCACACCGGUAGCUACUUUCUCGAUUACGAAGACUACCCGAUCACGAGCUACUACCGAGGAGUUCAGAAUGUGAUCGCUUGGGUAGAACCACGGGGCGAAUCUGACCAGAUACCGUACAGUGGUCCGUAUCUGCUGCUGAACGCUCACUUCGACAGUGCCGUCACGAGUCCCGGAGCUGGAGAUGAUGGUACGAUGGUGGUAGUGAUGCUGGAGGUGAUGCGCCAGCUAACGCAAGCCACAGUCGUUGAUGGAUCGUUGUUGCUGCGCCACGGAGUCCUAUUUCUGUUUAAUGGCUGCGAGGAGAACACGAUGCAAGGUGCGCACGCAUUCGCCAGUGGCCAUCCCCUAGCCGAACGCGUCGCUGCCUUUAUCAACCUGGACGUAGCGGCCAACGGUGGCCGGGAGAUAAUGUUUCAAUCCGGACCGAACUAUCCCUUCCUGAUGGCGCACUAUCGGGAUCACGUGAAGCGCCCGUACGCGAACACGCUCGGUGAGGAGGUGUUCCAGAUGGGGCUCGUGCCUUCGUUCACCGACUACGAAACGCUGUCACGAGUGGGUGGUUGGCCAGGGUUAGACUUUGCCCUAUCUUCGUACGGUUAUCUCUAUCACACGUCGCUCGAUGCGCUCGAGACCAUCUCGACCGCUACGCUGCAGCACAUCGGAGACAACAUACUGGGCCUAGUGACGGGACUCGCCAGUUCCGACGAGUUAGCUAACGUUGAAGCGCACGCCGAAGGAACGGCGGUCUUCUUCGACUUUAUGCAUCUAUUCCUGGUGUACUACACCGAGACAACGGGGAUAAUCAUCAAUGCGUUAUUAGGGGCGCUGGCCAUCGGUCUCAUCGUCGGCACCUUGGUCAUGAUGAUCCAGCAGGAGAAUGCUAGCGCCGCUAGUGUGCUGUUUGAGGCCGGCAUGAGCCUGAUCGUGCAGACACUCUCAAUCAUAGUCGGUGCGGGCUGCUCCGUGCUGGUGGCCAUCAUAUUCGAUGCUUGCAGUCGUUCGAUGUCUUGGUUCUCAUCGACCUGGUUACUGUUUGGGCUGUACUACGUGCCGUUCAUUACCUGCAUGACCCUUGGACCAUUCCUUUACGUUCGCUAUCGAAAAACUUCAAUGCUGCACGAUCAAGGUCGCAUCAUACUGUUCCUACAUGCGCAGCAGUUCAUCUACGCCAUUCUGUUGAUCACGCUGACGAUCGGUGGUAUACGGUCGGCCUACUUGCUGCUCUUUCCGAUCAUCUUCUACAGCGCGACGACGAUCGUGAACAUGAUCCUCAAGUUUCGGCUUAACGUGUGGCUUUAUGUGCAUCUGGCGGGUCAGCUCGUACCAUUCGUUUACUUCUGCACCCUCACCGUUACCCUGUUCGCCGUAUUUAUCUCGAUGACGGGCCGUACCGACAACCGGUCAAACCCGGACCUGCAGAUGGCACUGUUCUCCUCACUCACAGCGCUCCUGCUCGUAAGUUUGCUGACCCCGUUGGUAGUGCUGCUCCGUCGGAAGGUGUAUCUGUACGUGCUGCUAAUACUCAUGUUCGUGGUGACGGUCAUCGUGGCUGCCACACCGGUUGGGUUCCCUUUCCGCGAAAGGACCUCACCCCAGAGGUACUACAUUUUCCAUCACGAACGGAAUUUUUACUGGCCAAAUGCGACGCUACGGAAAUCGGAUUCGAUCUUUUACCUGCACCCGCAGGAUCGCCAUACACCGGAGCUGCUGCAAUCGGAAGUACCGGAGUGGAGCUUAGCCCGCACACUUGAUACCGAGUGCGAACGGGAGCUGUACUGUGGCAUCCCGUUCUACAUCAACCGCUACCAUCGCCAGACACAAUCCAGCUACUGGUUGCCAGCGAGCAGUACACCGAAUUUCCCCGAACCCGUUCGCUUUCGGCUCGUGUCGAGUGAACGGUUGGCCGGACGUCGCAUUCUGACGUUCAGUGUCCAGGGUCCAAGCCACAUGAGUCUCUACGUUUCACCGACUCGCGGUCGCCGGCUACUGCGUUGGAGUUUCAGUGAUCGAAUACCACCGAGUGGGGUGCGCUGGCAGGGCCAGGACGUUCACUUUGUAAACUUUUUCUCCGGCAACAUGGACCGUACACCGGCCACCUUCGAGCUGGAGCUGGAAACUCCAUCGGGCGAUGGUCCGGAUUUGUAUCUGUCCGUUGUUGGGCAGUACAUGUACCAUGAGACAUCGCGGACGCCCGAGUUUCAGCAGUUGAUUGAUCGAAUGCCUCCCUACGCACACACCGUGGCCUAUCCUGGCUAUCUAGAGAGUUGGAUAUACUAA